AUGGCGAUGGCAGAUCCUGUAGAUCCUGUGAGGCGGAGAAGAACGCAGGGCUUGCCCUUUCGUACAAGUGCGCCAGACGCAAACUCGGCCGUGGCCUUCGUGCCGUCGCCGCCGCCCGGCAGUGACAACAACGACAGCGAUAGCAGUAGCAGCGGCGGCUUCAAGGGGGGCGACGGGGUCGACGGCAACGACGGGGAAAGAAGAACAGCCGUGUUGGGGGGGCAGGCUGCUCCAGACAACGGCGGCGACGAUCGGCGUGCCCAUGACGGUGGCGAAGACGGAAGCUACGGCUCCUCUACUGAGGGAGGAGGGAGCGGCGGGGGGCUCGGCAGCUCCUGGGGUAGCGUCUCGGAGCUGGCCCUGGCGUGCGGAGAGGAGGAGGAGCGCGACGGUAGCGCUAGCGGCGGCGGAGCGGCCGCCUACGGCGGAGCCGGGAGGGUGAGCGGCGGCGGCAGCCGGUGGGAGGAAGAGGAGGACGACGACGACGAAGACGACGAGGUUGUGCGGAGGGGGAUUUGGUUCCCGCCGCCCUCUACGGCAGGGGCGAAGGACCCGCUCCUCACGACGAACACCGCCGGCGACGGUCUGGCGGAGGUGAACGGAGACGGUAAUGGUUGUUACUCUGCCGCUGCAGCGAGGAGGGGAGAGCCUCGCCCCCCCCCGAGGUCGUUGGCGGCUAGGUUUAGGAAGCGAUGGCAGCAGGAGCAGCAGAGCCCCGACGGUACCGGUGGCGUGGCGCCGUUCGCCACGCCUACGGCCGCCGCCACCGCCGCCGCCGCUGCCGCCGUCCCACGCCCGUCGACCACACCCGCUUCUCGAAGAAGAGGAAGAUGCGAGGAAGGGGGAAGAGGAAGAGGAGCAGGAGCAGGAGGAGCAGGAGCAGGAGGAGCAGGAGUAGGAGGAGAGGGAGGGGACCGUUGCUAUCUAGGUGGCAAUGGCGAGGAGCCGCUACCGCCGCCGCCGCUCCGGGGAGGAGCCUGCGAAAGUAACCCCAGCAGCAGAAGCAGCAGCAGCAGCACCGGCGGCGGCGGCGGCGGCGGCGGCUUGGCGGAGGGAGCCGAGAACGGCCACCACCGGCAACGGGACGGCGGCAGCGGCAGCGGCGGUGGCGGCAGCAGCGGCGAUGGCGGCAGCAGCGGCGACGCGGGGAGCGAGUUUGUUGUCCUGGUGAGCCGGGAGGCCACGGUGCGAGAGCUUGCGGCGAGCGUGGGAGGGUUUCCAGAGGAUUGGCUCGGGGAGGCGUUCGGGAUGGUCGUGCGGAGGCAGGUGGAGGACGCGGUCUACGACGCGCGGGCACGGGCGGCGAUGAAGCGCGCCGUGAGGCUGCUGGGCGGGAGGGUGUCUUGGAAGCAGGUGGCUGUCACGGAGCAGGAGCUAGCGGCGCUGGCACAGGACGAUGACCACCGAAUUCAAGACGGAGACCAGAACAAGGAGGCGGCAGUGUCGGGGAGGUACUGGAAGGUCGGCCUGGCAGCAGCCGGAGGAGGGGUUUUGCUUUUCCUUAGCGGAGGCGUCGCCGCACCGUCGGUUACCGCGUCUCUCUCUGCCGUGGGCUUUGCAGCUGUAAAUUCGGUGUCGUAUGUCGCCCCGUCCCUUGGCGCUUGGCUGGGUUACACAUCCACCGCUGCCGCCGCCUCGGGGGCGGGCACGGUCGGCGCGUUUAGUGCCGUUUCGGGGGCGGCGGGGGCGGGCGUGGCCGGCUACAAGAUGACGAGGAGGACGGCAGGGGUUCAGGAGUUCCACUUCCUACCUCUGCAUACCGAGUGGCCGCUAGACUCUCCCGAAUCCAUGUUCGAGGGGGCAUCUGAACCCGGCCUGCCGGUGUUCAUCUGCGUGCCCGGGUGGCACGAGCCUGGCCACGAUCCACGGCACAUCUGGGGAGGCAUUAGAUACGCCAACGUCGCCUCCACGUCUGAAACCCCGGGGACGGCGGCCGAAAAUACCCCCGCUUGCCCUGCCCCGCCGCCGGGCUCCACAGCAGCGGGAAACUCGGGGGCACUGCGGGGCAGAGCAAGGGGGGAGACGCGGAGGGGAAGGUUCGGAGGAACCCCCUUCUCUCCGCCAGCCGCCGCUCCUGCUAUGCCUGAAUUUCCUGGCUCGGGGUGCAGAACAGCGGCAGCGACAACGACGGCAGCAGCGGGAGAGGCGCCGGCUGCGGCAGCAUCAGGUUCUAGUGGCGCGGUGUCUCGAUGGUUCUCGGCCGCCCGCGGGACUGUCAGCCGCGACAGCGGCGGCGGCGGCGGCGGCGGCGGCAAGCAUAGCAGUAGCCGCAGCCAUACCAGCAGCAGCAGCAGCAGCCGUACCAGCAGCAGCAGCAGCAGCAGCAGCAGUAGCGGCAGCGGCAGCGGCAGCGGCAGUGGCAUCAACAACCAUGGCGGAAAUGGUGUCGGUUACGACGGCAGAGGGGCCGGCGGCGGCGACCGCGAGACUGUCAGAACCCGAAAUACAAGCGGUCUCUCGCGACCACCACCAACACAACAACAACAACAUGGCAUCGGAAGCGGCGGCGGCAGCGGCGGUGUUUCAACCACUUCCCCAAUGGUCUCCUCGUUCAUUGACCUGGGGCUGGAGAGAGCGAAAGCAGCGACGACGACAAGACGUCGCAGGAGCGACAGCAACACCAGCAGCACCACCGGCAGCGUCGGCAGCGCUACCACCUUGCAGGAGGGAGAGGAGGGAAUAGGCAAGGGGAGGGACGACGAGUUUCGGCGACAACGGCGGCGGCGGAGCAGAGAUGGUGUUCAGGACAGUCCGGAAGCAGGCGUUAUUUUGGAGGGGGGCGACGAGACGGCGGUGGAUGGCGGCUGUGGCGACGAUGAUGGCGAGGACGACGAUGCUCACCGGGUGAUGGAAGACAGCUGGGAGGCAUUGCCGUCGCAUGCGUGGUGGAGGGACUUCGUCAGCGGCGGCGAGGAGCACGUGCUGGUGUGGGAGAGGGGCCCGCUGACAGAGCUUCAUGCCGCCAUGAGAGACCUCGCGUGGAAGAAAGCUUCUAGAAGUGCCGUGAACGAGGCCUUGAAGCGAUCGGCCUUGGCUCCGGUCGUGGCAGCCGCGGCUCUUCCCCUGGCGCUCCUAGAGGCUGCUUCCGGUCUCGACGAUCCCUGGGGGAUGGUGAGGACCCGCGCUCUAGAGGCUGGUCGGUUACUGGCGGCGGUGCUGCUGUCGAGGCCGGUGGGGUCAAGGCCUGUCACCCUCCUGGGAUACUCGAUGGGGGCUAAGUUGGUUUUCAACUGCUUGGAGGCUCUAGCUGCUGCGCCGAAUGGCCGCGGGCUUGGCAUCGUGGAGAACGCCGUCAUGCUGGGAACGCCCAUCGGCACGAAGCGCGGGAGGUGGAAGCGGGUGCGCAGCGCCGUAGCCGGGCGGCUGAUCAACGGCUACAGCUCCAGGGACUGGCUCCUGGCACUCGUGUACCGUAGCAAGUCGUGGAGCGUUGGCGUCGCGGGAACGUCCAGAGUGGAGGGGUGCGGCGUCGAAAACGUGGAUCUGAGCGGCCUAGUGACGUGGCACCUGAGCUACUCGCGCAUCUUGCCUACGGUGAUGGCCAUGCUUCGUUUGGAAGAAUGAUGGCCGUGCUUCGUUUGGAAGAGUGAUGGCCAUGUUCGUUUGGAAAAAUGAUAGCCAUGCUUCGCUUGGUAGAGUGAUGGCCAUGCUUCGCUUGGUAGAAUGGUGGCCAUGCUUUGCUCGGAAGAGUGACCAACCUUCUUGCAUCGUGCAUCGUCCAUCGUUCAUCUCUGCUUUGUGACGCGCUCGCAUCGACAUCCGAUGAGCGGGGCACACCCCUUUUUUCUUUCUUUUCGGCUGUGUUGGGGAUUGGCUUAUCGUUGUUGAGAUAGAAUUGACUGCUGUCAGUAUAUAUAUAUAUAUAUUUUUUUUUUUCUUGUGUGUGUCAAGAUUGGAAACUUUUUCGUCGAGAUGAAGGAAUCGGUCAUGGACCCCCUAUCUGUCGUUGAUCCUGUGUGUCGGAAGCCUGCGAUCUUGACUUUUUUUUUUUUCAGCCGGUAUUGUUGUCCUCCUUCUCAGCUUGGCAGAACGACGUGCAAAGUUAUUGCCGGGGGGCCCGCCGCGGCCGUAUGUAGCUAAGCAAAACCUGCGGCGCCGCUGCUACUGCACUUGGAAAAAACAAAAAAAGUCGUAUUGUGGUGUGCUGCGGUGUGCUGUGGAGUCGGAUUCAAGUUGGUUUUUCCUUGCGUGUAUUUGUUGUUAAUUUUCGUUUUUGUGGCUUGGAAGAGUGCGCGAGUAUGGUUUGUUUGACGGCCGCGCUGGGGGUUUGAGUGGCGUGCGUGAUUUUUGUAGUUGCUUCGGUAAGGUCGAAAAUUAUCUGAUGAUGAACAAACAAAUGCAAGAUUGCCACCAAGCUGUGUCCCGCAGAUUCAUUCUUUUCUGUUGCAUGUUGCGCGAGGAUCAGUAGAAAUAUAGGUACGUCACAUGUAUACCCCUAUGAAUCCCAUGCGAGUGAGUGUAUCCUGGACUGAUUGGUCCGAUUGGUCUGUGUUUUGGUUCCCAUCAGUAACUAUUCUCGGCGCCAGCCGGCCUAGUCCUUUCGGGACACUGCUGUUUGACGGAUGGGGAUGCAUUAGAUGCUGUUUUUUGAAGGGGAGAAAACAAAAUGUCAGCCAUCUUAAUCCCAUCGAUCGUCCCCGAACUGCUCGUACUGCCGUUGUUUCGGGGGUGGCCGGUGACGUCAACGCGUCCACAUUUUUUUUCCGUCAUUUUGUUCUCAUACAGUAAUAAUAGUGUUCUUCUGGACGAAGACGCGUAUAAUUGUUUCCACGAAGACAACCGGGUGGUUGGUUGUUGCUGUCGUUGCACACACACACCUAGUUUUUUUG